AUGUUCUUGCGCUCCGUUCUCCUGUGUGGCCUGCACGCCCUCGCCCUGGCAGGUCUGCUUACCGAGCCUUCAGCUGACUCCAAGGUGAAGCUUGAGCGCGGCUCCUGUCCGUCCUUCUGGUAUGAAUUUGACACCGACUGCUACAAAUAUGUUGCUAGCCUAUUGACCUGGGCCGAUGCUGAGCUCUACUGCCAAUCUUUGGGCGCAAACCUGGUCUCUAUCCAUAGCACCAGCGAAAUGAUCUUCAUUGUCAGGCUGAUACAGAACUUUGACCCAACCAAAGGGAACCACUGGAUAGGACUCAGUGAUGUGCAUAAAGAAGGCUCCUGGAUAUGGAGCGACGGGUCCCCAGUAGAUGCUGCUUUUUGGACAGAGCCAAACAACCAUAAAGGAGCGGAGGAUUGUGUCCACAUGACAUAUUGGAAGUAG